GGCAGCUGGGCAGCAUGCGCUCCGGGCUACUGCUGGCCACAGUCGGGAUCCUUGUUCAAGUGCCAGUAAGAGCUAUCGAUGAAUCCACUGGGAAAAAGAUAUUUGAUAUCAUUUAUCCAAAGAAACGGCAUGCCUUACACAAGAGAGAUGCAGAGGAAGACCACGGUCCCCUAAAGCAGGAGAAGUAUGAAGAUCGGCUGCAGUAUGAAAUUGAUUUAAAAGGAAAAACCAUGGUCCUUCACUUGGAAAAAAACAAGGAGCUCCUGUCCCCAGAUUAUGUGGAAGUCCAAUAUUCACCCACAGGAGAGGCAGUCACUACAAGCCCUCAGAUCAUGGAAAACUGCUAUUACCAAGGACAAGUCCUGAAUGAGGAGAUGUCUACAGCCAGUAUUAGCACCUGUCAGGGCCUGAGGGGAUUCUUUGAACAUCAGGACCAAAGGUACUUCAUUGAGCCAUUGGGACUGGCACAGCAGGAAGAGCAAGAGCAUGCUCUGUAUACUUAUGAAAGCCAAGAACAGAACUUUCCUGAGACAUCCUGUGGAGUGGACCUAGUAGAAGAGGGAGAGCCACUCCUGGAAAAGACUGUGAGAUCAGGCAGCAAUGGAAUGGAAAGAGAAGACAAGAAUGAAAAGAAAUAUAUCGAGUAUUAUUUGGUCCUAGAUAACAAAAUGUUCCGAAAGUACAACCGAAAUCCAGAGGAAAUAAGACAGAGGGUUUUUGAGAUGGUCAACUUUGUCAACAUGCUCUAUAAAAAGCUUGGUAUGCAGGUGGCUUUGGUGGGGUUAGAGAUAUGGACAAAUGGAAAUCAGAUAAAAAUAAGCCCCAAUGCAAAUGUGACCUUGGAGAAUUUCUCAAAUUGGCGAGGGGGUAUUCUCCCCCAAAUGAAGCGCCAUGAUAUUGCCCAAUUAAUCACGGGGACAGACCUCACUGGACCCAUUGUGGGCUUGGCAUUCAUGUCAACAAUGUGCUCUCCGUACCACUCUGUUGGCAUUGUACAGGACCAUAGUUAUGACCUCCUCCGGGUUGCAGGGACAAUGGCCCAUGAAAUGGGCCAUAACUUUGGGAUGUACCAUGACUCUUAUGUGUGCAAGUGUCCUUCUUCAAUAUGUGUGAUGGAUCCAGCUCUCAGCUUUUAUAUACCCAAGGAUUUCAGCUCCUGUAGUCGCAAUAGCUUCGAGAAAUUCCUGAAGAUAGUAUCACCAAAAUGCCUCAAGAAUGUUCCUUUACCUAAUGAUAUAAUAUCCACCCCAAUCUGUGGGAACCUGCUAGUAGAACUGGGAGAAGAAUGUGAUUGUGGGUCCCCAGAGGAAUGCACCAAUGUCUGCUGUGAUGCCACAACAUGUAAAAUCAAACCAAAUUUUAAGUGUGCGUUUGGAGAAUGCUGUGAAAACUGCCAGAUUAAAAAGGCUGGGACCCUGUGCAGGCCAACUAAAGAUGAAUGUGAUCUGCCAGAAAUGUGUGAUGGCAAGUCUGGGAGCUGUCCCAGGGAUCGAUUCCGAGUCAAUGGAUUUCCCUGCCAAAAUGGGCAAGGUUACUGUCUGAUGGGCCAGUGCCCAACACUACAGGACCAGUGUGUCAGUCUUUGGGGAGAAGGAGCUCAAGCUGCUGAAAAAUCGUGCUUCGACAUAAACAGUGUUGGUUUAACUUAUGGCUAUUGCCGAAAGGUGGAUGAUAUGCACAUUCCAUGUAAAGCGGGGAGUUCCAUUUGUGGCAAGUUGUACUGUUAUGGAGGAUCAGAUGUUUUGCCCUGGAAAGGGAAGAUCAUGUCUUUCCUAACCUGUAAAACAUUUUCAUCAGAUGACAACCAAGACAUUUCCAUGGUGGCUAAUGGAACCAAAUGUGGAAACAAUAGUGUAUGCAUCAAUGGAGAUUGUAUAGACAUAGAGAAUGCCUACAAGUCAUCAAAUUGUUCAUCAAAGUGCAAAGGACAUGCAGUUUGUGACCAUGAGCUUCAAUGUCAGUGUGAAGAAGGAUGGUUACCUCCCAACUGUGACAAUUCCACCAUUGUUUUCCAUUUUUCCAUUGUUAUGGGUAUACUGGUUGCACUCUCCAUCAUAAUUAUCAUUGCUGCAAUUAUCCUCCGACAUCAAAGCAGAGCUAAGAGGAAAAAAGUUCAGAGCCAGUCCUGCCCCACCUCAGGCUCCAAACCAAAGCAAUGGAAACCAAUGAAGAAACACCAGGAUGUGCCAAGUACUCAUUCACAUGAGAUGGGUUCAAUGAGUCUACCUGUGUCUAUACCUCAAACAGAAAGAAAACCACCACUUCCUCUUCUAAUUACGAAGCCAGCUCUUCCUCCAUCUAUGAUUCUUACAACUAGAUCUUCAUUUGUCCCCCCAAUAAGUAACUAA